GUGCUUGAAGGACGAAUGAAGCUGGAGUGCAAAUGCCAUGGCGUUUCUGGUUCCUGCACAACGAAGACUUGUUGGACUACGCUACCCAAAUUCCGAGAGAUUGGAUAUAUUUUGAAAGAAAAAUAUAACGCCGCGGUGCAGGUGGAAGUGGUCCGGGCGAGCCGGCUUCGGCAGCCGACCUUCUUGAAGAUCAAGCAGAUCAGAAGCUACCAGAAGCCAAUGGAGACCGACUUGGUCUACAUCGAUAAGUCACCGAAUUACUGUGAAGAGGAUGCGUCAACAGGCAGUGUGGGGACCCAGGGGAGGCUCUGCAACCGUACGUCCCUCGGGGCUGAUGGGUGUGACAUGAUGUGCUGCGGAAGGGGUUACAACACUCACCAGUACACCAAGGUGUGGCAGUGCAACUGCAAAUUCCACUGGUGCUGCUUUGUGAAAUGCAACACCUGCAGUGAGCGGACAGAAGUGUUCACUUGCAAGUGA